AUGAGAAAUCUCUGGCCUUUUCAUCAUCAGAACUUCUCAGUUCCGAAUGCGGUCGGAGUUUCCACUGACCAGCACAAAAUUUUCUUGUUAUCUGGGACUAGUGAAUUAGUAAUUAUAGACAAAAAAUCUGGCACAAAAGAGCUGAUUCCUUUAGAUGAAGAAAUUGAGGAUUUGGUAAACAUGACUUACUUGCAAUUAGAAGAAAAUCUUAUAUACUUUAUUUAAUAAAUAAAUAAAAAUGUUUAGUUUCUAGGUAUUGGAGGCUAAUUAAGGCAAAUCUCUAUAUUUAUUUCUGCAAAUGGCUCACUUUAUUCAUACAGCUUCGAGACAAAAGAAACUUCCAUUGAAGGCGAAAUAACAACUGGGAUUUCAGCAGCUCAAUGGGCACCCUCUCAAGAACAUUUAGUGAUUUUCGCGAAAAAUGGAAGCUUACUGAUCCAUAACUCAGAAUUAGAUUUUAUUAGAGAAGUUAAGCUUGAUUUAGGACCAGAAGCUACAGUUAGCUGGAGAGGAGACAGCAAGUUUUUCGUUGUGUGUGGCCAAGCUGAAGGCGGAAAUAAAGCCUUGACUUUUGCAGCAAAUGGAGAUUUAGUUGAGUCUCAUUUCAAGUCAGAUCCUGAUGGAGGCAAAGUACAAAAUAUCAGUGAAAAAACCAGCUUGCUACUAUAGAAUUAAUAAAAAAAAUUAGUUUAUUAUUUAUUUUUUUUAAAAUAAAAUAGCACAAAAGCUUUUUAUAAGGAGAGUUAGGGUCACAUAUUGCCAGCUGGCAAACUACAGGAAGUUUAAUUGCUGGGAUUAAAAAUGACAAAAUUUUACUAUGGGAAAAGAAUGGACUUUUGCAUGCUGAUUUUCAAAAUAGGUAUAAUGAACAGAUUAAGCAGCUGGAAUGGAGUCUUAAUGGAGAAAUCCUCGCAAUUGUUAUGAUAAAUAGAGUAGCUUUAUACUAUCGCAGCAAUUAUCAUUGGUUUCUAAAGCAAUCCUAUGAAAGAGUUUCUCCGAAAAUCCAAUGGGCUGGAAAUUCAUUGAUUAUUUUAUCAGACACUGUUGAAAAAAUUGACUAUAUUUGGAAACAUGACGCACUCGGCGAAAAAGUAGUCGUCGUUGACGGAGAAUCCCUUAAUAUUACCCAUUUCAGCCAAGGCUUAAUUCCACCCCCAAUGUUCCACGAUUCCAUAAAUCUUGGCUUCGUCCCUGAGCUCUUGUCUAUGAAUUCCUCAGGAACCAUCAGCCUAGCCUACAAAAACAAAAUUUUCCUAUUUGAUUCCUCCUUACACGAAUUAUGCGAAUUUCCUAAUACAAAAAAACUUGAAUUUGCAGGCCAAAGACUUUUCAUUUCAAAUGGUUUCCAAGUGUUUGAAAUCAUUGAAAAUAAGCUUGAAAAACUUUUUGAUUUUAAUAAAGAAAUUUUAGUUUUAAAAGGAGAAGAUAAUGGAAACCUUUGGAUUGAAUUUAUUGAUGGAGAAAUAUAUAGAAAUAAUGAAUUUUAUAUCAGUGAAAAAGAAAUUUGUGAAAAAAUUUACCCUGUUUGUAUGGAAGGGAAACCAAAUAUUUUAGGAUUGGCUGGGAAUAAGCUGUAUUUAAAUAAAAUUUUAUUAUGUACAAACUGCACGAGUGCUGGGGUUUUUGGGGAUUUUUUGCUGUUUACUAAACAAAAUGUGCCUUUAAGCGAGCUUUAUUUAUUAAAUAGAAAUUUUCCGAUCCCAUUUCCAAUAGGGCAAGACCAAUCAAUAACUCUUCCUGAGCCAUCAGCUGACCAUUAUUAUAGCCGCAGUAUAGAAAAAGGAAGCGUAAUCGUCACUUUGCAAGGCGUCAAUGUAAUUCUUCAGCAUAACAGAGGCAAUUUAGAAGGAAUUUAUCCCCGACUCGUCGUAAUAUACAAAUCAAAAGAGCUAAUUGAGGCUACAAAAUAUGGAGAAGCCUUUAAGCUGUUAAAUCUCCUCCCCUUUAAAUUGGAACAAAAAUAUCGACAAAAUUGCCAUUUUUUUGGGUAAAUUAACCAUUCUUUAAUUGGACCAAAAUUUUAGUUUUUCAAUGGAAAAUUUUAUAGGUGAAAAUGCUAAUUUUUAUAUAUAAAUAUCAAUAUUUCCACAGUAUGGAGGAAAAUGCUCAGAAAAGGGGGGCUUCUCGACUGUCCCCUCUUUUAAUUGAAACAGAAAUUUUUGGUUCCAAUUUAAAGGGAAAGGGGAGUAAGGACCCACAAGCUUGAUUUAAAUUUUAUUUACGAUUUAGACCCAGAGAAAUUUAUGACAAAUAUUGAGAAAUUUAUUUCCGAAGUGGCCAAAGGAGACUUUAUUAAUCUUUUUUUGACCUCUUUAAAAGACCAAGAUAUGGCUGCAGUCUAUUUAAAGCAAGACCCUAAAGAUAUCAAAGGAAAAACCAAUAAAAUCUGUGACGCAAUUAGAGAAAAACUGAAUUUAGCUACACAUACUUUGUCGAUAAUUACGUCAUAUGCUGCAAAAUCACCACCAGAGCUAGAACAAGCUCUAGUCUGGAUUCAGCAUAUAAGAGAAAAAUACCCAAAAAAGCCGCCAAGACCUCCACACAUGCAUGAAGGUAAAAGAGACGAUAAAAUUUACCCUGAAGACUCCUUAAAAUACUUAAGCUGGCUUGUGGACCCUGACAAGCUUUUUGAUGUUGCUUUAGGAAUGUACGAUUUAGAAUUAACAACACAAACAGCCCAAUUUACCCAAAAAGACCCAAAAGAAUAUUUGCCAUACCUAAAGUCAUUAAACCAAAUGGACGAUGUAAGAAAAAAGGUCAAAAUCUGUAUAUACCUUUUAAAAUAGUUACAGAUAGCCUAUUUACUAUAUAAAAUAUUCUCUAGGAAUAGCAGAUUUAUUAUAAAUAAUAGAAAUAGACUUAAAAAGAUACAAAAAAGCUUUAGACGAAUUAAUUGCAGGCGGGGAAGAAUUUUAUAGUGAAGCAUUAGAACUAGUAGCCAGUCAAGGACUUUAUAUAGAAGGGCUGAAAUUGUUUAAAGGGACCAGUUUUGAAAUCCAAGCCAAAGAAGCUAUUGCAAAGUGUCUGGAAAAAAAAGAACUUUAUAUACAAUCUGCUGCUUUGUAUGAGAGCUGCAAUAACUAUCAGAAGGCAAAAGAAAACUAUAUUAAAGGCCAAGAGUGACAGCUUGCAGGGAAUAUGGCACAAAUGCUAGGAGAAGAUAUUUCUAAUUUUUAUGAAAAUUUAGCUCACAAUUGUGGAGAAAUGGGGAAUUAUGAAGAAGCUGCAAAUUUGUUGCAAAAAUCCAAUGAUGAAGAAGGCUCGGCAGUCAGGUAUCUUAUACAAGGAGGAAGGUUCAAACAGGCAAUUUUAGCUUCAAAAAAUAAUGAAAGCAAAAGUCUUGUCUUAGGAAGCUUAAGAACUUUUGGGAAUGAAUUAAUGGAAGAUAUGAAGAAAAAUACUGAGCUUUGGAAAGAAAAAUACACAAGGCUGCAAUAUGUGCAACAAAACAAGAAAAAUAUGCCUAAGGGCGGAGGAGGCUAUGAAGAUGAAGAAAUUGCUUCACAAUACAGCUUAGACAGCGCUAUGACUAAAGCCAGCCAAUUUACAAAGCGACAACGGAAAAAAGCCAAAAAAGUCAGAAAAACAGCUGCAAAAGAAGGCUCACAGUUCGAAGAAGACUAUUUAGUCGACCUUUUAUUAACCCUCAGGCCAGAUCUUACUUAUCAAACUAGAAUAGAAAAUAUUUGUGAAGCUUAUAUCUUGCUUGGCGAAUUUCAAGACGCCCUUAAUAUCUGGAAUUUAUUCCAAGCCCUAAAAGACACUACUUUUGCCUCAAUAAAAACUUUAAGACAUCAAGAGUUCCUCACAAAGUUUUCAGAAGUUUUCCCAGACAUAAACCGAGACGCCCACACAGAAAACAUCCUUUGUGAUAUUUUCUCCAAAAAUUAUUUCUUACUCCCCUCCCCCCUCCGUGAGUGGACAAAACAAUUAGAAAAAUCCCUAUUUUUUGCCCAAAAACCCACCCUCCGUGAGCGAACAAAAAUUUUUUUAACAGAAAAUUUUUUUAUGGAAAAAAAUUGUGAUAUAUUAAUGAUAAUUAGUAUAAUGAAUUCUAGUGCUAAUUCUGUUUAAUUUUAAACAAAUUGCUUUUUAAAACAUAAAUUUUAUAAAUUAAAUUAAUAUUUGCUUUCCAAUUUUUGCGAAUUAGAAUUUUUUAAAUUUUGAAAACAAAUAUUUUUUAUAAAAUUUAUAUAUAAAUUUUUUUUAAAAAAAAAAAAAAAUUAACCCCCUCCGUGAGCGAACAAAAUUUUUUUGUUCACUCACGGAGGGGGGGGAGUUAGCAGAAGGUUUGGCUUCUCAUGAGCCUCCAGUGCUUCCGAUAUCCAAGCUCCAGUACUUCUUUAAGCUAAUUUCUUAA